GCGGAAGUAGCUUCUCAGGAAACUAGCACCUUCAGUUUUGUUUACAUGUGCCAUGAAAUUUGGUUUUCGUGGGAUCGACGUCACCUUUACGGUUCAGUGGAGAGUUCAGAGCCGCUGGGAGCCUCCGCUCUUCUGUAUUCGCGGACACCGACGUCACGUUGAAGGAAAGCAUCGGAGUUAAUGCUGGAGCUCUGUGCAGAACCGCAGCAUGUUCCCCCGCCACGCCGCCCCGAGUCGGCGGCCACAAGACCGCACCGACCCGGACACGCCGCCCCCCCCGUGGCCAGCCCGGUGCCUGGAUUACAACCCGCACAGGCUGCCUGGCGUCAACACCAAUAGGAGUUUGUUAGGUAGCUUUUAUUUCCCCGGACAAGCGAGGCUUCCUCCAUAUGCCUGGAAGCCACCAGCCACCGUUCCUCCUCCGGCGCCCCCUCCUCACACAACGAUGACUAAUGGACGCAAGAGGCAGAAUGACGAAUACAACCCCCACGUUGUGAAGCGCCAACGCCUUGACCCCCCUUUACCUCGAGCCCCUCUUCUUCAUCGGCCUGACCCAGCGGUGGCGUGUUCAUCCAGAUCGUCCUCCGUUGCUGGUUUUGAUAGUUCUCAUCCCAGCCCAUGUGCCCAUAUCCAGCCUCGGGUCAUUGCUGUCCCAAAAAGUUCAAAAAUCUCGCAGGUCGACGCUAAGGACAAGUUGAGUGAUCAGAUGGUGGAGCUGUUUGAUGCAUGCCAGCAGAAACCUUCUGAUUUGGACCGGAAGGAAGCGUGCCGGGUUCGGCUCCAGAACGACAUACAGAGCAUCUAUACAGUGGCACGGCUUUACUUGACCGGGUCUUCUAUGAAUGGAUUGGGCUGCCGGAGCAGUGAUGCCGAUCUGUGUCUGGUCCUCAAGGGGAAUAAAAGAACUGAUCCUAUACAUGUCCUCUCUGUCCUCCAAAGAUUCUUCAAGUCACUGUUAUAUGUGGAGAUGACUCAGCUGAUCAGAGCUAAAGUGCCCAUCCUCAAGUUCAAAGAGAAAGGCAGUGGUCUGGAGUUUGAUCUGAAUAUCAACAACACAGUGGGCAUCAGAAACACAUUUCUUCUGAGGAGUUACGCCUAUGCUGAUCUCAGGAUAAGACCCAUGAUCCUCGUUGUCAAGAAAUGGGCACAGCACCAUCAAAUCAAUGAUGCCAGCAAAGGAACGUUGAGCAGCUACACACUUGUGCUGAUGGUGCUGCACUACCUCCAGACUCUCAAGGAACCAGUCCUUCCCUCUCUACAGAGGGACUACCCAGACUGUUUUGAUCCCUUCAUGGACAUCGACAUGGUUCCAGAGGGACCCAACCGGGUCCCCCCCUUCAUCUCAAGAAACCAAUCCCCUCUGGGAGAGCUUCUUCUGGGCUUUCUCAAAUACUAUGCCACAAACUUCAGGUGGGAUGAGCAGGUGAUCUCGGUUCGAGAGGCAAAAGCUUUGCCCAAGGACAAUUCUGUAACCUGGAGAAACAAAUACAUAUGUGUGGAAGAGCCGUUUGAAAGAAACAACGUUGCCAGGGCAGUCCACGAGCAAAUCAAGUUUGACGCCAUUAAAGCCGGGUUCGCCCAGUCAUUCCGGACACUGCAGGACAUGAAGGACCUGAACUCGAUCCUCCCGGUCGGAGCCGUCAUUAACAAGGAGGUGUACUUGAGAUGAGCGGCGCCUCGGACGGGAGUCUUCUCCCUCGAGACAAAGAGACCCCGUGGUGAGCUGAGAGACGCCCCGCCGCCGCCGCAGCGCACAGCCAGGAAUAAACCGCCACUCUAAAUGACGUGGCUGCGUUGGUGUCGUUCGCAUUCUGCAUUUCCUGUUUGACAAAUACUGCACUCGAGUUCAAGUGCUUUGCAGACCGUCAUUUUAUUGAAGCUGAAGACAAAAAUACAAUAUUUGUGUCGAGGGCUCUGACAUUGUGACUAAAAAACGCUGCACUGAAGUCGAUGUAGCUGGUCAUUGAUGCUCCACCUCCCCCUUUCCCCAACACGCAUUCAAUUAUGGGGUCAACGUUGAGUAAACUGAGAAAUCAUCACAGACAGAACCUGCAACCUGCUCAUAUCUAUCUUUCCCCUCUGGUCUCAGUUUGUUAUAUCCAUGUUUCCAGAGCCAUAAUGCACAUUUGAUAAAAAGAUGCUAAUCAUUUGCUUCUGCCACACAUGCGUAGUCGACGCAAUAUGUCGUCUGCAGCGUGGGAGGACCAACUUUUAACAUCAAAGUAUUUUUUCUAUUUUUCUAGGUCAAUAGUACAACCUUGGGUUUAAAUGCAAUACUUUUCUUUUUCUACAGAUGCAUUAAAUGCCUUCUUUAAUUUUCACAUCGUUUAGGUUUAAGCUCUUGAAACUGAGCUGCUCCGUGACGUUUGCGUGCGGCUCGUCGUCUGAGAGCCUCUGAACGUUGUCUCGCCUUCAUCGUUGCUCCUGACGCGCUGCCGUUUGUUUAGGAUCCGCUUCAUUUAUUUGGACAAAUUGUUACUCGCCUGUUUUCUGUUCACUUAAUGCAGACCUUAUUUGAAUCAUUUACACUUCAAUGUUUCCCCUCAGUCCUCUUUUGUACAUUACUGACUUUUAAUGCUUUAUUUAAAAAUUAAAUCUCUUAAAGAUG